UAGUCUUGCGCCGGCUACUGAUGUUUACUUCGAAUAAAAAGAAAAUAAUGAUGAUUUUUACCAAAAUUUUGACACUUAUUUAUAAUUUAGGACAUUAAUUAGAAUCUACCCUAUUGAUAACAUCGUUGAAAAGGUGCAGAUUUCAGUGCUAAAGUUCUACACUUAUGAGCCAGGCCAACAGUGGUGAAGCUGGGUCAAAAGUAACAUCAUUUGUCCUACGACGGAGUCAUGACAAUUGCAAUGAGAGGGAGUCAAAACACCACGGACUCCCCUCCAGAUGGCACGCAGCCUCCGACCUCGCCUCAGCAGGGAAAUCUACAGCAGCAGCCUACCCAGGGUGCUGGUGGACAACCUCAGACGACGCAGCCAAUGCCUCAAGCCACUCAACCUCAAUCUCCAACAACUGCAAACACGCCAAAUCAGCCUAUUCAGCAUGACGAAACUGGAGAGAUUGAAACUGAGGUUGACAUACCUGUUGACAAUCAGAGUAUCACCUUCCCGACAGAGGAACUUGAUAAGUUGGACGAGAUGAUCAACAGGCCGCGAUGGGUUGUUCCAGUCCUACCCAAGGGAGAGUUGGAGGUUUUGCUCGAUGCUGCCAUUGAUCUUUGUAAACGAGGUGUUGACACAAAGAGUAAGCCUUGUCAGCGGUUCUUUGCCGAGGGUCUGACCAUCUCCUUCACAAAGAUACUAACGGAUGAAGCGGUAUCGGGAUGGAAGUAUGAGAUACAUAGAUGCAUUAUGAAGAAUGCAGAACGACUGAUUGAACUGUGCGCUACCAAACUCUCCCAAGAUUGGUACCCCCUGAUAGACUUACUUGCCAUGGUUCUCAACCCUUCCUCAAAAUUCCAUUGCUACAACGGAACUCGUCAGUCCGAGUCGGUUCCAUCCAACUCCCAACUCGCUGAAGAUGAGCUGUUUGCCCGGCCGCCCGACCCAAGAACACCAAGGGGUUGGUUAGUGGAUCUUGUGAAUCGCUUCGGCCAGCUGGAGGGAUUCCAGAUCCUGUUGGACCGCUUCAGGGCGGGUAGCUUGAACGUCCAAGUGAUAGCGGCACUGGUCAGACCGUUUGGUUUCUGCUAUGAGGUUCUCACACCACAUACAGUUAGGAAGUACUUCAUGCCCAUUGUGGAUAUUGUCCCAAAGUUUCUUGAAGGUCUUACCGAUGAUGAGCUAAAGAAGGAAUCAAAGACUGAAGCGAAGAAUGAUGCGCUGUCUGGUAUAAUCAAGGCCUUGAAGUGUCUCGUCUCCCGCAUCAGUGGGCAAGAGGAAAUCAUCAAGAAACUGGAGAUUUUCAGACUCGAAAUGAUACUGAGGCUCCUGCAAAUCUCCUCGUUCAAUGGCAAGAUGAAUGCCCUGAAUGAAGUGAACAAGGUGAUCACAAGUGUGUCCUACUACACCCACCGCCACAGCCAGAUCGAGGAGGACGAAUGGCUCACCGCUGAGAAGAUGGCGGAAUGGGUCCAACAGAACAAUGUGCUAGCAAUCGUGCUAAGGGAUAGUCUCCACCAGCCUCAGUAUGUGGAAAAACUGGAGAAAAUCAUACGAUUUAUGAUCAAGGAGAAGGCGCUGACGCUAAAUGACCUUGAUAGGAUCUGGGAGGCGCAGUCAGGCAAGCAUGAGGCGAUUGUGAAGAACGUUCAUGACCUGUUGGCCAAGUUGGCCUGGGAUUUCUCACCUGAGCAGCUGGACCAUCUCUUCGAGUGUUUCCAGGGGAGUUGGACACAUGCGAGUAAGAAGCAGCGUGAGAAGUUAUUGGAGUUGAUCCGCCGGCUUGCUGAGGAUGACAAGGAAGGUGUGAUGGCACACAAGGUGUUGGGGCUUCUCUGGAACCUUGCCCAUAGUGAGGACGUGCCCACAGAAAUCAUGGACCAGGCCCUGAAUGCUCAUAUCAAGAUUCUGGACUACAGCUGCUCACAGGAUCGUGAUGCCCAGAAGAUGCAGUGGAUCAACCGGUUCGUGGAGGAACUCAAGAAUGACAAGUGGGUGCUACCAGCCCUCAAACAAAUACGAGAGAUUUGUCAACUAUUCAAUGAGGCCCCACAGAACUUCACCCCGGCCAGUCGUUCUCCACUGCCCUACUAUCGCAAUAACGUCAUCAACCAACUGCAGACCUCACACUCGAUCGUGAUGCUGGUUGCUCAGAAUCUCUCUGCCUACAUGAACAAUGCCCGCCUCCACGCUAAGGAGUUCCCGGAGGAAGAGCCAGGGAAUAUAUUGCCAGAUGGGAGGUUCAAUCAUAUACAGCAGGUCCAGGAGAGAUUGAAAUUUCUAAGAUUUUUGCUGAAAGAUGGACAGCUCUGGUUGUGCGAGCCUCAGGCAAAACAGCUUUGGAACUGCUUGGCGGAGAAUGCUAUCUACGUGACGGACAGGGAAGCUUGCUUUAGGUGGUUCUCUAAGGUAUGUGGAAAACUAAUGGGAGAAGAACCGGACCUGGAUCCAGAAAUCACACGUGAAUUCUUCGAGAACAACAUCUUGCAACUCGACCCAUCCCUUCUGACAGAAAACGGCAUGACGUGCUUCGAACGCUUCUUCAAAGCCGUGAAUACGAAGGAGGGGAAGCUCCGGGCCAAGCGGCGUGGGGGGUACAUGAUGGACGAUCUGGAACUGAUCGGCUUGGAUUACCUGUGGCGAGUUGUGCUGUGGAGUCCUGACGAUGUGGCAGAGAAGGCUAUCACCCUCCUCAAGGAUAUCUAUACUAACUUGGGACCAAGAUUACAGUCGAAUCAGGUUCACAUCCAUCAGGAUUUCAUCCAGUCUUGCGUUGAUCGUCUGAAGGCGUCCUACGAUACGAUCUCCGUUCUAGAGAAGGACAAGGAUAGUGUGAAUCGCGUCCACCAGGAGACAUCACGGAUGAUACGAGUCAUGACGGUGCUGCGUGAGUACGUCGCCGAGUGUGACGACGCCUAUGGAGAGGAGCGGGCCAUUCUGCCGUUGAGUCGAGCGUGUCGGGGAAAACAUGUGACAUUACUUGUAAGGUUUCCAAACCAGGGCCGUCAGAUGGAGGACAUUGAUAUCUGGUCUCAUACGAAUGAUACUAUCGGGGCUGUAAGGAGGCAGAUCCUGCAUAGGGUGAAAGCCAACAACAGCAACCUAAAGGUAGACCUGUACAUUAAUGGAGAAAUCCUGGACCCCAACGAUGACAGACGUCUGAUCUCAAUGGUUCCUAUCAGAGACAAAACUCUGAUCUCUGCCAAGCUUUGCCAAAUAGGUAGUAACAUGCCGUCAAGUCCAGACAGUAGUUCCGACAGCUCCACUGGAUCACCGCAUCAUCACUUCGACGGACCAAACAUCGAGGCCGAGAACUGUCUACCCGGUGUCCUCAUGUCGAUUGAAGCUAGAUACGCCCAGUUCUUAUUCCAGAUGGCAGAUUUAGGAUGCCAGUUAAAAUUAGCAAAACUUAGGGAUACAGCUAGGCUGCUACUUAAGCUGAUGCCAUCCGAUACUCAUGUGAUAGAGCGACUACGAGCCAUGUGUUUAGACUUAUCAAAGCGAGGAGAACAGUCGUUAUCGCCCACCUUAGAAUCACUCUACUUUGCGACAUCAGCGUCACAGGUUCUUUAUAACUUGGAGGUGACCUACGCUCUGCUAAUGCCCGCACUUAACCCCUUAUCUGAAGAAGCCUUUGAUUUCCAAAGGAACUUUCUGAAGAGCGGUGGUGUGCAAGUUGUGCUAAAUAUGCUGACGAAGAGUACCUUCAUGUCGAAUGCUGAUUCACAGACAAGAAGAUCGGCAUUCCACAUCAUCCUAAAGAUAGGGAAACUUCUCCUGACAACCGUUGGCCAUGCUACUGUUCAAGUUGUGGCGGAAGCGUGCCACUCUGAUGCUACCUCCCCACCUAUAUCAGCCACUGCUCAUAACCAUGCAGUCGUGCUGCAGCAGGCCUUGCAGCAUGUGCCCAACCCGAGCGCCGAGUGCAUGACUAGGAAUGUGGCAAUGAGGCUUGGACAACAUCUCGGUGAUAAGAUCACUGGUGUGAAUCCUGACCUUGUGUGUGUGAAGUCGGUGCAGAAGAUCGCUUGGUCAGCGUCGAGUGGAAACCUCCAGCUAAUGCACUCGUCAAGUGAAGAGAUUCAUAAGGCACACGAGAAGGGUGGCAACUCUGCCAAGCAGCCAGACACCGAGGACAUCAAUGUGUGUCGAGAGGCCUUGGAAGUGUUGAGUAUUGCUUUGGCGUUGUGUCCGGCUGCGUUGGAGGCGCUCAACAAGGACAAGUCCUGGCAGUGUUUUAUCAUCGAUUUGUUGUUAUUGUGUAAAAGCAGGGCUGUGCGGGUAUCAGCUACAGACCAGUUCCACUUGAUGGCGACUAAGUGUACUGGGGGAGGCAGGCCUCUCAUCUUCUUCAUCACAUUACUAUUUACAGUGUUGGCUUCCACUGCCAAAGACCAAGCAAAGCAAUCCCAUGAGUAUUUCCAGCUGCUUUGUAGGCUCUUGAAUUAUGCGUGUGCGAGUCAGACGAUAUUACCCAAUGCUGAAGUACUCCUCAACAACCAGAUUACCUGGUUGAAAAGGGUUAGAGAUAGUGUGCUAAGUACCGGUGAGAUGACAGUUGAGGAGGCUCUUCUUGAAGGCUACCUGGGUGUGACAAGAGAAUUGCUUGCCUUCCAGUCGGCCGAGAAAAAAUAUCAUAUAGGGUCAGAGAAGGGAGGCACUAAUCUCAUUAAGGAGCUAGUUGAAGACUUCAUAUUCCCUGCGUCCAAGAUUGUGAUACAGUGUCGAAAGAUACAGGGCAACGACCUCCCGGAUGAUCAAGCCAUACCCGUCUGCUCGACCUCACCGACUAUCAUUGCUGCAUUUGAACUAUUGGUGGCGCUGUGCUCUGGAUGUGUUCAAAACCUACGAUGUCUUUCAGAUAUGAUUAUGGAAAUGUACUAUUCCGCAGGCAAUGAGAUCACCCUGAACGAAUGGGAAUACUUGCCCCCAGUUGGACCUCGUCCCCACAAAGGAUUUGUCGGUCUGAAGAAUGCCGGCGCUACGUGCUACAUGAACUCUGUGCUACAACAGUUAUUCAUGAUCGAACCGGUUCGACAUAGUAUUCUAUCAAUAGAGGGGGCUGCUGACGAUAUUGAGGAGGAAGUGUCCGGUGAUGAGAAGGCAGAAAAUGAGACCAAUAUUGACACGGGUGACGAGGAGCGCAAAGAUGAGGAGAAGCCAGUCGUAACAAAGCAGGAAGAGAGGAAAGAUUACAAUCUUGGAGUCUUGAAACACAUCCAGAUGAUCUUCGGUCAUCUCAUGUGUAGUAAACUUCAAUACUACGUGCCAAAGGGGUUUUGGAAACAUUUCAAAUUGUGGGGUGAGCCAGUGAAUCUACGCGAGCAACACGAUGCACUAGAAUUCUUCAACAGUUUGGUGGACAGUCUGGAUGAAGCCAUGAAGUCAUUAGGUCACACGCCUGCUAUAUCGAAAGUUCUUGGGGGCACGUUUGCAGAUCAGAAAAUCUGCAAGGGAUGUCCUCAUAGGUACUCAAGGGAAGAAUCAUUCACAACCCUCAACAUCGACAUACGAAACCAACAGAACUUGUUAGAAUCGUUAGAGCAGUACGUCAAAGGGGAUCUCCUAGAGGGGGCCAACGCCUACAUGUGCGAAAAAUGUGGUAAAAAGGUGGACACGGUGAAGAGAAUGUGUAUCAAACGUCUGCCGCCAAUGUUGGCCAUACAGUUGAAACGCUUCGACUACGACUGGGAAAGGGAAUGUGCGGUGAAGUUCAACGAUUACUUUGAGUUUCCUCGAGAACUAGAAAUGGAGCCAUACACUGUACAGGGUCUUGCCAAAAUUGAGGGUGAAGUGAUAGCAGACGACAAUGAAGAAAUAGAGGAACUUAGUAAAAUGUGUAGCAAAUACAAAUUAGUAGGUGUCGUGGUACACAGUGGCCAAGCUAGCGGUGGACAUUACUACUCUUAUAUCUUACACAGAAUCGCUGAUACAUGGAAGUGGUACAAAUUCGACGACGGUGAAGUCUCUGAAUGUAAAAUGGAGGACGAGGAGGAGAUGAAGAAUCAGUGUUUCGGUGGCGAGUAUGUCGGUGAAGUCUUUGAUCACAUGUUGAAGCGAAUGUCGUAUCGGCGACAGAAACGAUGGUGGAAUGCGUACAUCUUGAUCUACGAGCGAUUGGACGCUCAGGAUCAGGAGGCGAGACUUAGCAAGAGUCUGCAGGAUCUUACCAUCGUUGCUAAGACCCCUCAACCAGUUGUGCCAAAGAUGCCCGCCAGCAUCGAGCGAUGUGUGAGAAAACAGAACAUUCAAUUCUCCCACAACAAAAACCAGUUCUCACCGGAAUAUUUCCAGUUUACCAAGAAGUUAUUAAUGUGCAAUAGUGCUUAUGUCACAUUACAGCCGGGCCUUGACAAAUUGAGUGAUGAGGCAGAGGAACUAGCCAUGAUCAGUGUGAAGCUAGCAGCCAAGUUCCUCUUCAACGUAGGAUUCCACACAAAGAAAUCACUCAGGGGAGCAGCCAAUGAGUGGUACGAUGCGCUGAGCCUCCAUCUACGCCACAGCAAAAACACAAGGCGUUGGCUUGCCCAGCACGUGCUAUUCGAACACCCGGUUCGAUUCUCCGAAUAUCUCUUGGAAUGCCCCAGCUCGGAAGUGCGCAGUGCAUUUGUCAAGGUCAUUGUAUUCCUUGCCCAUUUCUCUCUCCAAGAUGGACCAUGUCCCCCACCCCUUGUUCCUGGUCUUUAUGGUGCUGGGCAGACACCCGACCCGAAUGCAACUCUUAGUGAUCAUCUCCUGGUAGCAGUGCUCAACCUGUUGAAGAAGGAAGUCUCUGAACAUGGACGUCACCUCACACAAUAUUUCCAUUUGUUCCUCAUGUAUUCCAAUCUUGGAGUCACCGAGAAAAACCAACUCCUCAAGUUGAAUGUCCCCGCAACAUUCAUGUUGGUAGCUCUAGAUGAGGGUCCGGGACCACCGAUUAGGUACCAGUAUGCCGAGCUGGGCAAGCUCUAUGCUGUGGUAGCGCAGUUAGCAAGAUGCUGUGAUGUUUCCAUGAGGUGCCAGUCGUCUGUGGCGGGCCAAGCGCCUCUCCCCAACCCCCAUGGUGAUCCAAACUGUCCACAGCCUGUGAUGCCGAUCCAGUCACAGGUGGCAGAUAUCCUCUUCGGGAGAACGAGUUAUGUCAAGAAGUUGAUAGAAGACUGUAACAACACAGAGGAGACCACUAAACUACUGAGGUUCUGCAGCUGGGAGAACCCCCACUUCUCGUCAACAGUGCUAAGUGAGCUCCUGUGGCAGGUGGCCUAUUCGUACACGUAUGAACUGCGUCCGUACCUUGACCUCCUGCUCCAGAUGCUACUCCUCGAAGACUCAUGGCAGAACCACAGGAUUCAUAAUGCGCUCAAAGGUGAGGGUAUUCCUGAUGACCGUGACGGCCUGUUCGACACGAUACAGCGCUCCAAGAACCACUACCAAAAGAGGGCGUACCAGUGCAUCAAGAUGAUGGUGAACCUGUUCACGCAUUGCGCUCCGGCUGCUCAGAUGUUGCAGAGUAACGGUGAUCUGAAGAGAAAGUGGACGUGGGCUGUUGAGUGGUUACACGAUGAAUUGGAGAGGCGCCACUACUCGAGCAACACCCAAUAUGCAUACAACAACUGGUCGCCUCCAGCGCAGUCGAAUGAAACUUCCAAUGGCUACUUCUUGGAACGAUCUCAUAGUGCCAGGGUCACACUGGCGAAGGCUGUAGAACUUUGUCCGGAAGAGGAGCAAGAAGACACUGAGCUGGCUGAUGAACAAGGGGAGAGCCCUCAACCUCCUCCAGAUGGGGAGAGUGCCAACUACCCAGCGGGCCAGCAGCCUCCCACCCAGGGUCAGCAGCCGCCACCAGCAGCCGCUGCACCUUCCACAACACAACCCGCACAAUCAACACAGCGAGCUCAUCCGGUACAAAACAACCAUGUCCAGACGUACGGACAGCAACAUGCGCCUGCCCCUCCAAACCAGAUCACCAACCAGUUGAAUCAGACGCGUGUAAACACGGCAACAGAGAAUUCUGAUAAUGGAGAGGAGGAAACCAGCCAUGGCAAUAGUCCAACUGAGACCUCAUAGUUGUGGCCGAGUUGAGAAGGAACAGUGGCCUACAAUGGUCUCCUUGUGGUUGGUGGCCUCAAAACACUGUAUUGCAUGUGACACAGAAAGGUUGUCAACUGGGGCCUCCAAUUUCUUAUGCAUGGUCGCCCUUCGGUUCCAUUCAACAAUGAAUGGUAAUUGACAUAGAUCUCCUUCUUGUUGGAGGUUCUAGAGGCAUGUUCAAUUUGGACUUCGAUUUCAAUUUCGACCAAGUUGUACGAGAUCUCUUCAAUGGCUGGUGAAUCUGACAAAGAACAGUGGAAGGCCUUUGCAGUAAUUGGGGUCGCCCCUCUGAUCAGUCACCUCAGUUGCAGAUCGUAAAGGCCAGAACAGAUUGUUGAUUAUGUGAGAGUCAACACUUUGUGUAAGGGAUAUGGACAUAUCUGACCUGCUCUGGCAAAUGCUUGUCACACAUGAAAAAAAAAUUUACGAAAAGUGAAGAAAAAUUUUUUCCUCCAAAUGUUUGUGAGUUGUGAUUUGUGAUUGACACAUGAAAAAAUUUCAAAAAAUGAAGAAAAAUUUUUUCCUCCCAAUUUUUUUUUCUUCAGCCAACUUUUUUGCCAGGCAGUUCACAUAUGAAAAAAACAAGAACUUGGUGAAAACGUGUGUAGAUAAAGGGAACAGUUACUAUGGUUACGUGUUUCCUGCUUGCUUUUUGUGUGACUUUCUGUGAAAGCGAAGUAAUCGAAUGCGUGUGACAUUUUAUAUGAUUUGUGAUUGACACAGUUGUUUCAAUACCUUGAGAGAAACACAUCAUGGCAAAAAAGUAAUUAAUAUAAAUCGUAUUUAUUUCAGAAUUCACAUGAUGUUGUUCUCUUGAGGUGUUGCAAACGUUGGGUGUGUUUGUCAAAAUGUCCAGUUUUCUAAGGAAGAUAACCUUAUCUCCCCGAAUAACACAAGUUAUCAAUACCUGCAAUGCUGUCUAGUAUCUCCUUCAAGGAAUCUUUAAAGUUUUACUAAUGUUCAAUACGUAGGUGUAUUUUGACGUAGGCACUUUUAACUGUUUGGUAAUACUUCAAAAACUCGUUGAAUAAUGCAUGAAUAUCCAUUUUGGAACUCAAUAUUGCCAGCAGUGAAAUAUUGGCAAGAAAAUGUUCAUGAUUACAAUAUGUAAGGGGCAUUUGCAAAAGAAAUGUGCUAAUCUGUUAUAAAUGUUGUUGAUUCUCCUCCCGUCGGAAAUUUCAAGACAUAACUCUUGUAAAUGUUAUUUAUGCUAUGCUGUUCGAGGCAAAGAUUAUGUGCUCAUUUAAUACUUAAAACAUACACAUACAUGUAUAUACAUGUAUAGUAAAAACGAAGAACACUCAAUGGGCCAUAAUUUAAGUAUGAGCACACCCUUUUCUGAUUUUCAGAACCCCUGCCAGUACUCUCAAGAGUAGCCCCCCACUGUGUAUGAACACAUAUAGUUAGUUAGUCACAAAUUGUAAUUGGCUGAUAAAUCAGCCAUUGCCAGAUUUGAUGUUUAUCUCUGGUCACAGCGGUUACUGAAUCUUGUCAGCCACCACAGCCAACGAGAGUCUUUUGUCGCUGCAACUGAUAUCCCUUGUUAGCAAGGCACUGUAGUGUAGAUAUCAUUUGGGCGAAACUGUUUGGGAUCACGCCACAGUGUCAGUGUUGCUUUUCAUUAUACUUUCUUUGCUCGUCACAGGUGAUUAUUUGCCGAUUCUGCUUGGUCAGCGCAGUCAUUUAAUACGAAGGUGGACUUUUUUAUUAAAAAAACAUUGAUCUUUUAAGACAGAAGUGUGCGGAAAUCUAUCGAGAGAGUACAUUGUACUAUGUUUGCCUGUGUGUGCUUAUUUGUAAAUAGGUCAGGCCACCGAUACUAAAGAUCAUAAUUAGUAGUAAUUAUUAUCGUUGUUACAUAUUAUCAGACCAUCUCGUAUGCAGAUUAUUCGCCUUGCAUCCGCGAUGACCUCCGCAAUUGAGAGAUUUUGUCCCAUGCAAUCAUAAUCGGAGGUUGCAGCAAUGAAAACGUUUGCAGUGUGUUUUACUUUAGCUGAUCAUAUCAGUCAGUUUUCUGCAUUGUGUUUCUCGACACCUAUUGAUAACAAACUGGGAGUAUGAUGAGGAGACCUUCUAAUUCCUCAGUCAGUGAUGCUGGUGUAAAACAUGAAAAUGCUGUCAAAGUGUUAAGGUUCACGGAAUCAAAAUUGGGGUGAAUUGUGGGUUUCGUCAAAUGCUUUCUUGGAGAAACUAAAGCCCAGUUUCAUAGAUUACCUCUGCGCAGAGGAGUUGCAAGUCAGAAGGGGGCCUAACAUUAGAAAGAUCGGAACAUAAUUUUGUUGUUCAAGAACCUCUUGGGAUUACGCAUGGUCAUCCAGUGCUUCAGCGUGUUUGAAAAAACCUAUUGAUGCUUUGUAUGUGUAAUAUAUUGAACCGAAGUUGCUGUUAAUGCAUAAUUAAGUAGAGAUUGUAAUUAAGACCAUAUGCUAAUUCGUUUCCAUCCACACACACUCAUGACUUUCAUUCUUAGUGUCAGAUAUUUAUCAUAGAUGUUCCAAAGGGGCAUUUUUAUUAGCCAGACUUUUCUAUUUUCUAUUGUGUGUAACAUUUGUAUCAUGUAUGGCCAUUUCGCAUGCAUCUCGCCUGAAAAACUAGGUAAUGUUUUGCGGUUGAUGUUUACACAUAUUCCCAUUCAUUUUGUCCGAGAGUCAUGGGAGGGUGAUUAUAAUCAACACAAAAUCGAUUGUUCAACUGUUAGGUUUUAUGUCCUGGAAGCAACCUGACAAGGUUUGAAGGGGGACUUUAGGCAAGAGCUGGGUGGUACAAUUGCUUAUAUACAUGUUAUUGUAUUUGCAGUUAGGGUACUUAGUCUGGUUUGGCUUGCGCAAAAUUAUCCUUCUUACAAGCGUAAAUAGUGUUAAUUUAUACUCUGAUGGCAGAGCACCUAUUGGUGACUUGGUAAAACUUCAUCUGGGCCACCUGGCUUCUGCUCAUUGUAUACAGGCCUCUUGUAAAUGAAACCCUCAUGUUACCACUAAAAUCAGAAGUUCCUUUCAAAAUCUUCAACACUGUCCCUGCUUUGGCAUCCUAGACUUGGGGAUUCUUUUCGGACGUGUAAAAAAUGCAAAAUAAAGCUUAUCGCUUGCAAUGUGCUUUAUAUGUAGCUUUGUGAAUAGCAAAAAAUAUGUCGGCCAUAUCGUUGAUGUUUAUAAUCUAAUAACCAAAAAGCAUGAUUGAUGCUUUGGUAUUGAGUUUGAACAUGUGAGGGCUGGCAAGGACUAAGAAGUGUUUAUAUGCCUCAUUCAUAUGACAUCAAUUGGUAGACAGAAAUUUCGUGUAGGCCUGGCUCAAACCUGAAUGAAUGGGUUGUAACUGGGCAAUGUAGUGUCACAACAUUUAUUUGUAAAUGUAUUGCAGCUCUUUUGAUAUGGGAAAAUGAAACCAACAAGGUUUAGAUUUCCUUGGUCCUCGGAAUACUGGUAUGGGUUCCUGUUAGUUACGAGGAGGUUAGCCAGUUUUGUGCCACUGGGAGAACACAGCUUGCCCCUGCCAGCGCCCAGAAGGUUCAAAUUCAUAUUAUUCAUGUAAUAUACAUAGAAGCUGAACUGUGACAUUGCACAUCUUAAAGUAUGUAAGAGAAAUUUUAGGCCUGACAGGAUUGGCCGUCUUUAGUCUUUUGCGCCACUGAGCCAAGACAUUUGUGUACAUACAUGAGGAUGAUGUAGAAGCGAUCUUGGUCUUGUCUUGGCAAUCUUAGUUUAAUUGUUUUGUCACUCUCAUUUGGCUGAAUAACACUCGACUGUAAAUGCUGUGAACUUUAUAUAAUUGUAGCCAAAGGUUUAUGUUAUAUAAAAAAGAGUGAGCCGAUUGAAAAUGAAUAAAAAGUCCAAUGUUUUG